AUGUUGGACUUUGACAAGAAGAGCAUCUAUCUCUGCCUUGGCCUUUUUCUCUGUCUUCUCUGGAUGAACGCUGACGCGUUCACCAACGAUGAGCGUGCUACGCCCACAAAUUUAAUUGGGCCUCAACUGCAACACAAGAAAGAUUUCAAUUCAUCCGAAAACGACUUCGCGAAGAAUGGCUUACCGAGGUACGACCAUGACGGAGAAGAAACAUCGAAAUUCGCGUCUUUCAUCGACAAUCUGGUGACUCAAGCAACCGCAUCACCUUUUCUCGCAAGCUCAUCAGACUCCGCAGACCGUGCCACCGAGGUGAAUGCCUCGAUCAGUGGCAUUAGAAAUGGGUCUUUUACGCCAUCUCCUGGUCAAAGAUCAAUGAGUGACGAGGUUGAAGCAUUUUCGGAUCUGAACCAAGUGGUUGGUUCGCUUGAUGCGAAUGAUGACGAAGUUGGCGCGUUUGAUAGUAACGCUACCUUGUAUGACGAAUUGAAGUCCAGCAGCAUACCGACGACAAAAUUUACUGGCAGUGUCGCUGCGUGGAUCAUCGCGUUGAGCAUAUCGGCACUCAUCUUUAAGACAAUUAAUUGA